GAUGAUAAAAUCUGUUCGGAUAAUCCUCCUGGUUUAAUUAGUGCUCUGAGUAAUAUGAUGCUAGAUAAUAAUAUAAAUCAUAAGAUCAGUGAAGAGACUGAUUUUUCUGGAAACAUCCUUUCAUUUCAGCAAAAUAAAAGCUCUUUCCAGGGGCACAAGAUCAGCUCUGUAGAGCCUGAUAGCUUGAAAUUUUCAUUGUCUGAAAGUCCAUCACUGGCUGAUCUCUUGCAGGAACACCAAGACAGUAAUUCCAACAAAACCUUUCCUUUGUCUGAUCUUUGUAACCCAUCAUCGGCAAGCUUUACAAAUAUGGAAUUAGGAUAUUCACCAUUGUCCCAACUAGCCAGUCAACCUCAAACUUCAUCUGGAUUGACAGAAUUGUCAGGAUCUUUAUCUUCCUUGACAUUUUCUAGGUCUUCUCCUGUGAAAGAGCUUGAGAGCCUGUCUCUUUCAGAUUUAAUUGCAAAGUCCAUUGAAGUGGUUAAGCCUGAAACAAACAACUCUUCUGAGUUGUAUAGAUCUAAAAUAGCGCAACCUGCAGUUCUAAAUUUAGAUAUUGAUCUGAGUGUUCUGAUUAGAAAAUCAGCAUUAACGUCAGAACCUGCAGUGGUGAAGUCAGGCUCUCUGCUUCCAGAAAGAGAAGCUUUAUGUUCAGCACGUGGACAGCAAAUUCCAGACAUUAAAGGAGUAAAAAAAAGCAAAAAAAGAUUGAGAUCACAUAUUUUAGAAGGCCCUGUUCCCCAGACAAAGGCCCUCUCUGCAAGACCUUCAGCCUUUGCUAUAACAUUAUGUCUUCGUUAUCCCUCAAAGAGAUGUAAACGCCAGACUGUUAAUCUCCAUAAGGCUUUUUUAUACAGCAUACAAAUGCAAGAAGUGAAAAUUAAUGAUGUUGGGCCCUUAUUAGCAAUAACUCCUUUUGACUUCAAAUCACCAUCUCCUGAUGACAUUGUGAAAUCAGGUCAAAAGAAGGCCUUCAGUAGAUAACAGUGCAAUGUGCUAGUAACCAAUUUAUAUUAUUUUUAACAUUCAAAAUAUUUUAUACAAUCUUACUUUGGAUUGCAGCGUGGAAUAGAUUUCCUAAAAGCAAAAACAAUUAUCAGUUUAUAUUAAUUAAGGAAUGUAGUAAACUUUUAAAGCAGUGCACUGAAUUUGAGUCUUUUUAUUGUUUUAUUCCUUACUUUGUAGUUUUAUAAUACUAUUUGAGUACUGGAUCUUUUCCAAAUAACAUUGAGAGUAUUUUUUCAGAAAGUAUGUGCUGGUUCUGCUGUAAAGAACAAUGUUAAUAUUAAGUUUUUAAAAUGACACUGAGGAACAAAUUCUUGAAUGUAUAUUGCUGUGAAUUAAUUGUCCAUAAUGUAAUGUUUAUAUCUUACUACUUUGUUUACUGCUGUUAGUAUCAUAGUUGCCUUCUAAUGUGAGCAAGCUCCAUUUUAUGUUUUUAGCUUUUGUUUUUUUUAGGAAAAUAAUCUUAACAGUUCAUGUUUUUCACUGCAUGUUUGCCCAUCCUUGGCAAAAAGAAUUUAAAGUUGAACAUGGUUCUGAGCCAUUUGUACACCUGGGUGGGACCACUAAUAUAUAUUCAGAAGCAUAGUCUAUCGACAACUUUGAAAACAUUGUUUUCCCAAACACAUUGUGUCCUUACAUAUGUAGAGUUGUAUCAAGUGCUGUAUAAGUGGUAGGCAUGCUUAUGUAAUAGUGCCCCCACCCCCCAUGUUUCUCUGUAGAUGCCCCUCUAGAGAGUUAGGGGAGCCUACCAGAAAUCAUGGGCAUUAUCUCAUGGGGCUUGCCCCAAAAUCAUGUAAUUGAAGCCAUAUAUUGUACAUCCACAUUAAGAAACAUUGCAUGGCAUUUGCAGUAUUUUCAAAGUACUUAAAUCAUAUGUGAAUGAAUCUUAAAAAGAUUUCCAGGUAAUAUAAAUACAAUUUCAGUAUUAGCUAAAUAGGAUCUUAGUUCUCUAUACAGCUAUAGUGAGAUUUAAUUGGGAAAAAGAAUAUCUGACUUGCAGUUCCCUCUAGUUUGUUGUGUUUGGAAAGCUUUUGUCUAGCCUUAUGAAGCUCAGUCUUUCUUUUUGCUCACUCAGCUACUUUCCAUCUUCAUUUGUAGUGUGAGGGAAAACCAGUAUUCCCAAACCAUAUUUUCCCAUUCUGUCCACUAAAUUAUCAGCUUUGGUAUGAUUGUCAAACAGAGAAAGAACGGGUUGGAUGCAUGUGUAAAGAAAAGGCUUUUCCAUGUCUUAUUAAGUAAAGAUGUAAUCCUGUAAAACUCACUGUAGGCCUAUCUACAUAGCCCACACACUGGCGCUAAUCCAGAAUGGGCUACUCUGGAUCAGCCCCAGGGAAUUUUGCACAGGCAGCCUCUCAGCUGAACCUGGUUUGGCACUGCUGGAUGGAACCCUUACCAUUGCCAAUGUUUCCUCAGUGUAGCGGUUAACAUCGGGUGUGAAAUUGCUGGUGGUCAUAAUUCGUUGCAUGUAUGGAUGUUAGCUGGAACACCAGAGCGACAUGGGAAAGGAGGGAAUUUUCCCUUCCAGUACCCCCUCCUUUCUCUGAUUGCUCUGAUGCUCCAACCAGCAUUAGUACAUGAAAUGAGCCACAGCCACCAGCAAUUUCACACCUGGUAGUCACUGCUGUUCUGACGACAUGACUGCAAUGGUAAAUGCCAUUCCCUGUUUCUGGGCUGCCCAAUCUUGGGGAAAGUGGGUUGGCCAUGUAAACAAUGGUGGUAGGUUCAAAUCCUUUCAACUGUUUACCCAUGCCCAAAGUGCGGAUGAGCUCUGGAGCUUUGGAGGAGUUUCAGGACAUUCCCCGACUGUGGGUGAUGUGGGACAAGGAUGUGUUAAGCAGCCUUCCUGGGUAUUAAGACAAAUCUGCCUGCCAUGUGGAUGCCACUAAGUCCAUUCACCCCCACCUCACCUGGUUUGGCCUGUGUGAUGGACCCUCUGUUGUAGAAAAAAAGUCUCUUUGAGCACCAAUGUCUUAAAGUAUUGAUAGGUUCUUAUAUUUUUUAUAGUUUCCAGUUUCUGGUAACUUU